CGAUGCCAAUUCGGAUCUGUCAAAAAGUAAAGGACUGACCACGUUUUCGUGUUGUAUAAUAUUAUUGUAUUAGGAAAUACAGUGAUGCUAUAUUAAAUGAAAUAUUCCAAGUUUUUGCAACUACUUGCAACAUUUUUACUACAACGAAAUACAAACUAAAAGAAAAGAAGAAAAUAAAUAUAUUACACGAAUACACAUGAAAUAAGAGAAAUAGUAGCUAUAAAUUAUCAAAUAACGAUAUGGUAAUUAAGAACAGCAAAUCCAUUUUUGCAUAAGAAAUUCACAAAAUCCCGCAUGGUGACAAGUACUAAUAAUAAGUGAGCACGUUAACAUAAAAGAGUCUCAAAAUUGUGUCCAAAAAUCCUCCAUACCACAGGCAUGGACUGUGACCCGCGGGUGCACUUGUUGGGAAAACUAGUAAUGGGGAAGACUCAACUGAGGAACGAUCCUAUAGAAAAAAAGAAAGAACAAAAAGAAGAAAACAGGUUAGGUUGGUCUGGCGGAUUUUGUCAUUUUGUGUUGGUGUAGCAGCCGCAAUUUAGGGAAGUGGUCGGAAGUCUAAAAAAUAUCUAAAUUAUCUUAUUUAAUUUAGUUAUGAGCGAAUGAAAUAUAUUGAUUUUCGCUAUUUUUGUUGACACAAGCAGCGACCAGAAUGGAUCAAUCGCAAGGUUUUGUUGCUCCUCCAGGCAUUGGAACGCCUCCACUGAUGCCUCAGGUACCGAUUUCUGGUAUGUCCGGAUUUAGCCCGAUUAUCCCAGCCCCAUUCAGUGUGCCACCUCCAGGAUUUGGUGCUCCUGCUAUACCUCCUGUCUUACCUUCACUUGGCGGUUCAAUCAGUGAGUGGACUGAGCACAAAGCACCUGAUGGUCGAACAUAUUAUUACAACAUUGUUACAAAGCAAAGUAGUUGGAUAAAGCCGGACUGUUUAAAGACACCAGCAGAGGUGGAAUUGUGUCAGUGUCCCUGGAAAGAAUUUACUGCUGAAAAUGGAAAAACAUACUAUCAUAAUAUUAACACAAAAGAAUCACGAUGGAUUAUACCACCCGAAUUGGAAGAGAUCAAAAAAAGGGUUACAGAAGAGUCUAAACCAAAAAGCGUGCCAGUGUCACCCAAAGAAAUUACAAGCCCUUUUUCAAUAUCUGCUUCCAUUUCUCCAUCAAACUCGCCAAACGUUUCAAAUUCCACUGCCAGUCCAGGUCCAAAGAGUAACGCGAUGGAAGCGGCAAUGGCAGCAACAUUAGCAGCAAUUUCCAUUCCAACUCCUCCUAACCGACCUGAAGAUGAUGUGUAUACGUCAAAUCAUUAUGAUCGAACUGAAACAAAACCGUCGACUCCCGAACCGAAAGUAUAUAAGGAUAAGAAGGAGGCUAUGGAAGCAUUUAAAGACCUAUUAAAAGAUAAAAAUGUCCCAUCCAACGCAUCGUGGGAUCAGUGCGUAAAAAUUAUUCAAAAUGAUCCACGGUAUGAGACGUUUAAAAAACUGAAUGAGAGGAAGCAGGUUUUUAAUGCGUAUAAAACACAAAAACAGAAAGACGAGAAAGAAGAACAGAGAACCAAGGCCAAGAAGUCAAAAGAACACCUUGAAGAGUUUCUGAUGAAGUCGGAUAAAAUGCUGUCUACCACUAAAUAUUACAAGUGCGAUGAGCUCUUCGGUCAUUUGGAGGUAAAAUUUCAGAUUAAUUCAAAGUAUGCUUUCAAACCUAGCAAUAACAAGUUGUGAACUGUGUUUGAUCAAUCUGCCAAGCAUUUAAAAUCUGGUCUAAACCA